AUACUUCACAAACGAACACAUUUGAUGAGUAUGCAAAGGGCAAAUAGCCUAACCUUAAAAAUUGUCAACAAAAAAAAGUGAGAGAGAGAAAAAAAGGAAACAGUUGAUUGGGGAAGGCACAAGACAUACAGACAAAAUACCAAAUAUUUCACCUAAACUUAUAAACAAAAGGGCAUGCUUGUUAUUUCUUAUUAUUUUGUAAUAGGAAAUAACAAAAAUCACUUACCUCACACAUUAGCAUGUUACAUAGGGCCAUCACUCAGGAUGUUAAAGGGUCAGUGACUAUGGCAGGGAGACUGGUGGAGCGUUAAAUGAUUUAUUUAUUUAAUUUGCUGUCUGUAGUGUAGGAGAAUUUUGAGACUCCCCAUGAGUGUGAUGACGUCACAUGUUAAAGUUUUUUUGUUAAAGGGUAUUCCUGUCAAUGUUGAUCAGACUGUUUCCUCCAAACUCUCAAUGCUUCAUGAUAAAAAUUAUAUACACUCAUAUAUCACAUGUAUAACUAUAUACUAAUAUAAUCAAUAUGUAAUCCAAUAACUCUAUAUCAGUAGUUGCAGCAAAGCUUAUGGAAACGCAAGAAACCACAGUAUCCACUGUAGAAAAAAGGCAAACGCAGAAGGCUUAAAAAACUAUACUUACUCAGCAGAAAAUUAGUGCCAACUAGAUAUGCUAGAAAACUAAUACUUUACAGUGAUCCAUGUGUAACCUGAAUAAAGUAAAAAAGGUACAGGAGGCUAUAACUCUGUGAACUUGUAUGUAUAAUGGAAAAAUACAGAAAGUAAUGACGUGUAUGCAUAGUGAAAAAGUACAGAGUAAGGGAAAAUUGGAAAAAUACAGACAGCAAUGACGUGGUGUAUGCGUAAGUGGGAAAGUACAAAGUAAGGGAAAAUUGGGGUACCUGUCCACUGAUGAAGAUUAAUUAAGAACAUCAAUAGACUAAUUAAAGACAUCAAUAGAACUAAAAAUCAGUUUUGGGGCACCUGUCCACUAUGAUAAGAAUAAUUACUGAUACAUUAAGAACAUCAUAAGGACCGAAAAUCAUCUUUAUGCCAAAAAGGUCAAGUUGACCCACGAACAGGAAAGUGAAACUCCUUACUGUGCCAGAAAAGACCAGAUGGCUGAUAUUUUUAGAAAUGUGUUAAAGGGGGGUUGUGGGCACAAAUUGUGUAUAAAAUGUAUGCAAAACUGACAAUCGAGGUUCAAUUCCCCUGAAUUGAUCCGGCUUUGUGCACCUGUGCAAUAAAGUCUAAACUUUCUGAAGAGCUUGCUGCUGUUGUGUCUUUUCCCUCCUGAAAUUGUUUUGUACAGAUUGGCGAUUGGCGUGGAACUCUGUCGUUUCCUAGACACGACAUUUGGGGGCUCGUCCGGGAUACGAAAAAGGUACCAUCCUUUCGUAAAACCAACCCGGACACUAACACCGAAAAUUGAGGGGAAGAAAAGCAGCGAGCUCUUCAGAAACGUGCGCAACGAACCGUGCCAGAGAUUUGGGAGGAGAGAAACCCAAGAAAGGCCACCUGCAAUAGCUCUGGUAAACGCGUGUUUAGGAAAAACACUGUCCUCUGAGGUAUAAAGUAAGAAAAAAGUAUUGUUGGUAAGGUAAAAUAUUGUUCAACUGUGUUUAUGCUUAGAUUAGAUGCUUGUGCUUGCGCGGAACUAACGUUGUAUUGAGGGAAAAAUUGUGAUUUAUGUGUAGGUGCAACUAUAAAGGAAAAUAAGUAAAGAAACGUGAAGUGUGUAGAAAGUAUAAAAAAGGGGAAAAUAAAGGUUAAAUAUAUAAUAAAAUCUUCAAAUAGAUAAAUAGGAUAAAAGUAUUAAAAUAACCAUAAAAUAAUGGAAAAAGGAGAGAAAACGCCGGUUGAAAUAAUCACAGGAAAAUAUCCUAAUUGUAAAAAGGAGAUAGAACAUAUAUCAGGAAAAUGGAAAAAAAGAACUAAAAGAAUGGUGACAAAAUGGCCUAAAGAGGGUACGUUUGAUAGAGAAAUAUGUGAUCAGAUGGGAGGGGUAAUAGCAAAUUAUAGAACAGGAGACAAGUCAGAAAAAAGAAAGCGAAAAAGAGAACAGGAAAAAAGAAUUUUAGGAUGGUUUAGGUCCGCUUCCCUAGAAAAAUAUGUAGGAAUGAGUGGGGGUUGCAGUGAAGAAAUAAUUCCUCCUCCGUAUGCCCCACAGUCAUCGGGACAUACGGAAAUAAAAGAGAAAAGCGUGUAUCCAAUAGGCCCGGUAACAUCUGCAGUAACAGUGUGUCCAGUAGUAAAAAUACAGGUUCAGAUACAAGGGUGGGUAGCACAUGAGGAAAGUGAGGAACAGCUCGAGAUAGAGAGAGCGCGGCUCGAGGAAGACAAGGGAAAAAUAGAAAAAAGGGUAACAGAGCUAAGGAGAGAAUACAAGGAGGUGGAGGAGUUAGAAGAGCUGUUAAAAGAAAAAUAUAACCAGUAUGAUGAAUACCAUAGCCGGUUAAUAAAAAAGGCAAAGGAGAUAAGAGACACUGAGAAAAAACAGCAAACGUCUAAAAUAUGCCAAAAGCCUGAACAGGUGGGGCCAAAAAGGGACGGGGAAACACAUAAAAAAUGCAAAACUGCGGGGUGGGGAAAUUUUAGAUGGGAAAAGCUCCCGUAUAACAAGUGGGAAGAGCUGAAGAAAAAAAUUACCAAGAGAACAGAUUCCCGAGAUAAACAUAACACAAGUUUAACAAAAGGCACUACAAGUAAAAAGCAAAUCCCCCAAGCAGAGUAUAAAUUAGAAAACAAUGAAGGGGAGGAGUUCUCCCCAGCAGAAAAAAGUGAGGCGAGCGACAAUGAGGUAUGCCAAGCAAGUAAUAGCGAGGCAGAAGAGUCAGACGGGGGAGAGGGGCCUGCACAGGUGGGAAGAGAUUUAGCUGGGCGAUAUCAAAACACAAGAGAAAGGCCGCCAACCCGGCGUAACCCAGCAGCAGAAGGAUAUAGCCAUAAUGCUAGUAAACCCAAUACUAUAGCACCAUUGUUGAUUAAGGAAGAGGGUGUACCCGAUACAUUCCCUGGUCCACCCAAGAUAUGCAUAAUGUAAUACCAAUCUCCCUGAUUUGCAGAAUGGAGCAAGCCACUGGAUCAGGGUGCUGGAGGAGGAGACGACAGGCCGGAUCCUGGCUGUGGGGGACCUGAAGGCUCUCCUGGGAAAGGUUGUGGGGAUGGAAACAAUGCUGGACAUAUUUGAGCAGGCUGGCUUUGACAGAAACCAUGCGCAGUCUCCAGCAGUGGACGGUGGGCUGUUUGAUAACGUGCGUGGGGUUGUUUGGACUGCUCUGCGAGCCCUGUAUCCCGCACGACUGGACAUGGCGGCCUUAACGGGACCGCCGUUAAAAGACAAUGAACCACCGGCGACAUACAUCCACAUGCAGUUGCGCAGGUGGAGAUUGUUAACUAAAAGGGACGUACGGGCAGAUCCCAUAAUGACCACCCUCUUCCGCAAAGCCAUCCAGGAGGGGAUGUCACCGGAAGUGGGGCGCCGCCUCGAUGAGGUAGUGGGACUGAACACCAUGACACACAGAGAGUUUGUGGAUCACGUGGUGCACGCUGUGGACAGGCAGCGGAAAGAAGGGAAAAAGCUGGAAGAUCAAACAAAAGACAUUCAAAGGAAGCUACUGCAGUUGCAGCUGGAGGAGCUGAGAGCCAAAGAAAAAAAGGCGAGAGAAAUAACGGAGCUGAGAGCCAAAGAAAAAGAGGCGGAAAAAGUGACAUCUGUGAAAAUACAGUAUAUGGACAAUGAAUUCUUUAACUUCGAAGCCACCCCCCCGCCUGAACCAUGGAGCAGCCGGAUGGUGCCCCGGCCGACGGUGGUCUACGACUUCUCCGGCAUCCCUCACCCAGUGGCCAUGCAAGGUAAUAUGAAAGGGGGGGGCACCCAAUGGGUAUCAAAGGGGGGGAGGGCCAGGGAAUGGUGGUCAAAAUAAUCAGUGGAAAGGGCAGCUGAAUCAGAAGAACAACAUGCAAAAUAGAAAUUGGAACCAACAGAAUUUUUAUGUUUCAGGGGGAACGUGCGGCCCCACACAUAACGUUAAAAGUCAAUCCAGGGUACCAAGCUCAGGACCUAGGACCUAUGGUUAAGAGAGCAGAAGAGCUCCAGUUCAGGCCAACAGAAAAUUCUUUAAUUUGGUGCACAGCAAAUCAAACAAUGAUCAAAAUUAUGGUAAAUGCGCAGAUGUGGGGAAAGCCCCAAAUGGUGAGGGUACCGUGGGAAGAGGGUACAAAACGAGAAAUCUCAAAAGUGUGGUGUUGCAAUAUGUUGAUGACUUACUAUGUCUAUUACUAUGUGCAGAUACAAAAGGACAGUACAUAAGGGGGGCAAAAGGGGGGACACAAGGUGUCCAGGAAGAAGCUGCAGCUCUGCUCUCAGAAGACGGGGAGAGCGGAGGGACUGCGGGCGCUGACACCAGCCCAGGGAGCAACAGCACCAACAGUGCCCCUGCAGGUCCAGUGCGAGAAUCACAGGCCGGCUUUCCAGUGGAGUGACGCGCAGACCGCGUACUCUGGAUUGGAAGAUAUACCAGGAGCCCACCAACUACGAGGACUGCAGCAACACAUCGUGCUACGAAUCAACGUGUUAAUAAAUUGUGUAUAAUAACUUUGUUGGGUUAUUUAGAAUAAUAUAUACAGCUUUGAUAUGUAUAAUCAAUUUUUUGCGACUAGAGAGAGUGUUGGAGGAACCAUGGGAACAACGUUACAUUAAGGAAUCUGAUACAUUUGGAUGCUGCUAUGGCAGCAGGGGAUGCGCAGGCACCCAACAUAAUAUACAUGGGGUGGUGCACACCCGACACUGACUGACGCUGAGAAUAAGAAUACAGCGAGGGGUGUUUUUCGGGGCCAUGAGGUUUGACCCCGAAAGGGGGGAAUGUAGGAGAAUUUUGAGACUCCCCAUGAGUGUGAUGACGUCACAUGUUAAAGUUUUUUGUUAAAGGGUAUUCCUGUCAAUGUUGAUCAGACUGUUUCCUCCAAACUCUCAAUGCUUCAUGAUAAAACAUUAUAUACACUCAUAUAUCACAUGUAUAACUAUAUACUAAUAUAAUCAAUAUGUAAUCCAAUAACUCUAUAUCAGUAGUUGCAGCAAAGCUUAUGGAAACGCAAGAAACCACAGUAUCCACUGUAGAAAAAAGGCAAACACAGAAGGCUUAAAAAAACCAUACUUACUCAGCAGAAAAUUAGUGCCAACUAGAUAUGCUAGAAAACUAAUACUUUACAGUGAUCCAUGUGUAACCUGAAUAAAGUAAAAAAGGUACAGGAGGCUAUAACUCUGUGAACUUGUAUGUAUAAUGGAAAAAUACAGAAAGUAAUGACGUGUAUGCAUAGUGAAAAAGUACAGAGUAAGGGAAAAUUGGAAAAAUACAGACAGCAAUGACGUGGCGUAUGCGUAAGUGGGAAAGUACAAAGUAAGGGAAAAUUGGGGUACCUGUCCACUGAUGAAGAUUAAUUAAGAACAUCAAUAGACUAAUUAAAGACAUCAAUAGAACUAAAAAUCAGUUUUGGGGCACCUGUCCACUAUGAUAAGAAUAAUUACUGAUACAUUAAGAACAUCAUAAGGACCGAAAAUCAUCUUUAUGCCAAAAAGGUCAAGUUGACCCAUGAACAGGAAAGUGAAACUCCUUACUGUGCCAGAAAAGACCAGAUGGCUGAUAUUUUUAGAAAUGUGUUAAAGGGGGGUUGUGGGCACAAAUUGUGUAUAAAAUGUAUGCAAAACUGACAAUCGAGGUUCAAUUCCCCUGAAUUGAUCCGGCUUUGUGCACCUGUGCAAUAAAGUCUAAACUUUCUGAA